CGAUUUGUUGGAGAAUACUGCAUCCCUAUCUAUCUAUCUAGGCCUAGCACAGCUAUAUCCUGGGUUACGUUCCUCGCACGGCGGAGGCAAACAAACCCUAGCCGCCAGGCGCAGGCGGUCAGGGAGCGAGUACCGAGCGCCCCAGUUCACACGGUUUAUAUCCUAAUCUACGCAGUCAAUCCUCCUUAGCGGUUUCGUUAAUUUGUUUGUUUCCAGCGGCCGUUGCUUCGGUGAUUUUGCUUAGCUACGCUUUGGACCGGCGUUCCUUCGCUGCUAGCUAGUACCUUUUGGAAGUCAAGGAGUGCUGUCUUUCGCCUGAUCUACCUAGACGCCUUUUCUUGAAUCAGCGACUUCUAUUUUGGUUAAUUAGCACCGUGAGAUGUCAGAAUACAAGAACGUCGUUGGGGGGAGGCUAAAGCUGAAGGGUAAGGCACUGGAUGUGAAGGAAGGUGGAGUCAAGAAGAAAAAAAAGAAGCAUCAGCUUGAAGAGUCGUCUCAGAUUGAGCACGAUGAGCUCCACAAAGGGGGAAACUCUGGCUUACCAGCUGAUCACAACAAUGAGCUUAUUGAAGCUGGCAAGGUGGGAGAUGAAGAAAGGAAUCUACAUCCAGACUACGACCACCUCACACCGGCGGAGCGACGCUAUAUAGAUCAGAAGCAGAAGAUCGACAUGCAAAAGCUGGCCAAAGUUGCUAACAAGUCACACAGGGACCGUAUCCAGGACUUCAACCAGUAUCUGGCGAACCUCAGCGAGCACUAUGACAUCCCUAAAGUUGGCCCUGGCUAACAAACAUAGCCAAACUGCUGUGUACGCACAAACAAUUGUAUGCUCGGUGGGCUUCAAGAACAUUAAAAAUAUAUAAAUGUAUGUUGGGUGAUUGGGUCUAUCCAGCUUUUUGUUAGCAUGUUAUAUAUAUCCUAGUAUUUUCCACUUUUCUUUUAAAAAACAUAAUUGAUACUCUUAUGUGUAUUGAUUUGAAUUGAAUUACGUCUGCAUAUGUUCAAUUUGAAAGUAGCAAGACUCAAUUUGCCUU